AAGUGAGAGGUAGUGACACAGUACACACAGAGUUGACUCACUGUAAGCAAGAUGCCGAGGUCUUUCCUGGUGAAAAGUAAGCGGGCCCACAGCUACCACCAGCCCCGAUAUCUGGAUGACGUCUGCGUCGGUUUGGAUACGCUUCUGGCUCAUAUAAGCGCAGAGACAAAAUGUCAAGCGGACUCGAGUUUGGAGGCCGUGACUACGGGCAGGCUGUCCCCGGGGCCCCAGGUCCUGUCCCCGGGUUCACUGCCGUCCAGCUCGCCGCUGAGCUACGGAGCGAGCGACAGAGCCUCGGACUGUGAUUUGUGGCGUCCCCCGUCGCCGUCCUACUCUCCAGAUUCUGAGGAAAGCUCAACACCCACCGUGAAGGACGGACACCACUUCAAAAUGUCCCUCUUCCCCGCUUACCCCUGGUCCUCCUAUCCCAUGUCAGACCUGAGGGACACGGUCCCGGCUCCGUACCACCGGCGCUUGCACCAGCUGGAGCUGCAGCGCGGCCGCCCAGAACCUCAAACCAAAGGAUGCUACGGGGACUGUUCAGCUCCGAUCCAAAUCCAACGGAUGUGCGGGAUGAGGAAUGCUGACAUGUUUGGGGAUCUAAAAGAGAAGCAGCAUGGGUCUGAAAUCAUCAAGAGUGAGGAGGAGUUUAUGUGCAUCAACCAGAUCGAUCCUGAAGGCUCCUAUAAGUGCCUCAAGUGUUACAAGGUGUUCUCCACGCCUCACGGCCUGGAGGUACACGUCAGGCGGUCACACAGUGGGACGCGUCCCUUCGAGUGCGGGAUUUGCGGUAAAACCUUCGGCCAUGCGGUCAGCCUGGACCAACACAGGGCGGUACACUCGCAGGAAAGAAGCUUCAGCUGCAAAAUCUGCGGCAAAAGCUUCAAGCGCUCAUCCACCCUGUCCACGCACCUUCUCAUCCACUCGGACACGCGGCCGUACCCGUGUCAGUACUGCGGGAAGAGGUUCCAUCAGAAGUCCGACAUGAAAAAGCACACGUUCAUCCACACAGGCGAGAAGCCGCACAAGUGCCAAGUGUGCGGCAAGGCCUUCAGCCAGAGUUCCAACUUGAUCACGCACAGCCGAAAGCACACAGGAUUCAAGCCUUUCGCCUGCGACCUCUGCACAAAAGGCUUCCAGAGGAAAGUGGACCUCAGGAGGCACAAGGAGACUCAGCACGGACUCAAAUAACGCCGUCCUUUCAAAGCCUUAGUUGCACUUUUUGUUCUUUCACGUAGUUAUUGCUAAUCGAUUGUGUUGUUGACUAUUUAUUAUUAUUAUUUAGCCUGGCAAUACUGCACGAGGUGUUAUUAUUCUUGUUUUAUUAAGCUUGUAUCCAUUCAUUAAAUUAUCUGUCAAAACAAUUGACAUUUUAAGAUUAGAAUGCAUUUUUAGUUAAGUGUUGUUAAAUUAAAAAAAAAAAGUGUUAAGCUAUGUGACGCA